CUCGGCACCCGUAGAAGCAUGUCUGCGUGAGUUGCUUAGAGAAGGGAGACGCGGCAGCAGAGCAGAGAGUCGGUGCGGAAAUACGGCGACAUGUGAGCCGAGGAGCAGAAUAGGGAACUGGCAGGAUAGAAGGCCUUGGGUGGGCGGUGGUGCAACUUUGACGGGCUAUACUGCUGGUUCACUUUGACUUAUUGAUCUCUCCAAGCGGAAGAUGAUUGCUGUGCUGCCUGGACUGUAUCUUGGCGGGGUCAGUGAUGUUGCAGAUGUACAGCAGUUGCAGCAAGCUGGUAUUACUCACAUUCUGACAAUUGACAGCAUAGAGCAAAAUCAUCUACAGCAUUCAUUUCAGACAAAGUUUGUUAAUAUAUUGGAUGAUUCCAGUGCAGACCUUCUCAGCCGUUUGCCUGAAUGCUUACAGUUUUUGAAAGAAGCUUUGGGAAAGCCUGAAUCAUCUGUAUUUGUUCAUUGCCAAGCUGGAGUUAGCCGAAGUGCAGCAGUAGUUGCAGCUUAUAUGAUGAACACCAUAAGAUGUACCUUUGAAGACGUUUAUGGAAGACUGCAAAACAUCAAACCAGAUAUAAAAAUCAAUGAAGAGUUUGUGCACCAGCUAGCACUGUUUGAACAAAUGGGUUGUGACGUGGAUAUGAGCAGUGCGAGCUACAAACAAUAUCGCCUUCAGAAAGUGACAGAAAAAUACCCUGAAUUGCGGAAUAUACCACGGGAAGUCUUUGCUUUGGACCCCGGCUCCUCAGAUCAAACUAAAGAGGUUCUUUUCCGAUGCAGAAAAUGCAGACGUUCACUGUUCAGGGAAGGAAGUAUCUUAAAUCACGCUCUAGGCGCUGGACCUGCAGCUUUUGUUAAUAAAAGACUGAUGCCGGUACAACAUUCAGACUCCACAAAGUGCACCUCUUUCUUUGUGGAGCCAGUGCAGUGGAUGGAGAAAUCUCUCUUGGGAGUGUUGGAUGGACAGCUUCUCUGCCCCAAGUGCAACUCCAAACUGGGUUCAUUCAACUGGUAUGGAGAACAGUGUUCAUGUGGUCGCUGGAUUACGCCAGCAUUCCAGGUCCACAAGAACAGGGUGGAUGAAGUGAAGCCUGUUCCAAUCCAUGGAAGAUGAAGAGAGUUUGAGAGACUCCGGCUGAUGCAUUGUUAUUUAUCAUUUACUACUCCCAUUUCAACCAUUAUUAAAGAUCUGUUUAUGUUUAUUAUUAGUAAAAAUCUAAGCUAAGAAUUUGAAUCUUGUAGCAGCAAGAAGAUUAUAUUAGUUGGUUCACAAAGAUCAUUGGUGGUCAUUCCGAGUUGUUCGCUCGUUGACGAUUUUCGCUAUGCUGCGAUUUGUUGCUAAAUGCGCAUGGUACGCAGCGUGCAUGCGCUUAGUUAUUUAACUAAACCUUAGCAGUUUUGCUGUUGUUCGUACGGCGCUUUUCAGUCGCACUGCUGAUCGGUGAGUGAUUGACAGGAAAGGGGCGUUUCUGGGUGGGAACUGAGCGUUUUCCGGGAGUGUGCUAAAAAACGCAGGCGUGUCUGGAGAAACGGGAGUGGCUGACCGAACGCAGGGCGUGUUUGUGACGUCAAACCAGGAACUAAAUGGACUGAGGUGAUCGUAAUCUAGGAGUAGGUCUGGAGCUACUCAGAAACUGCUUGAAAAUCUUUAGUAGCAGUUCUGCUAAUCUUUCGUUCGCAAUUCUGCUAAGCUAAGAUACACUCCCAGAGGGCGGCGGCCUAGCAUUUGCAAUGCUGCUAAAAGCAGCUAGCGAGCGAACAACUCGGAAUGAGGGCCAUUGUUCUCUAUUUCUGAUUGAGGUCACGGUUCUUAAUACCUGCCUUCAAUAAGGAUCAGUGUUAAAGUUUUCUCAGACACUGCUCGAGUUGUGGAGAACCUACUUCCUAAUUAUCUAGCCUUGUGAAUGAAUUACAGAUAACAGAAUUCUUACUGACUUCUAUCAUUCUGGUUUACCAAGUAGACAAAAAUGGUUACAAUGCAAAAACAUUUGUAUAAUAUGGUAUUAUAAUAAAUCAUUUGCAUUCA